AUAUAUUUUUAUGUGUUUAUAUACAACAUAGAGACGAGAUCAUAGAUACAUCUAUCUACUUCUUUAAUGCUCUUCUUUCCCUUUUGCGAUAACCGUCCCAUGAUGUUCAUCAGAUCAUUACUCUUCCUCUUUUUCCUUUUCUUCACAUCAAAUGCUUCGUCCUUUAAACAAACCUACGUGAUCCACACUGUCAAAACCAAUACCAAAGACAUCGUUUCUUCGCUUCUGAAUUCACUCCAAACAGAUAGUAAUAUCCAAGACGACAAUGAUUUUGCCCUCCCCGAGAUCCACUAUAUUUACGAGAAUGCAAUGUCCGGUUUCUCCGCGACUCUCACCGACGACCAGCUCGAGACAGUGAAGAACUCACGAGGGUUUAUCUCGGCGUAUCCAGACGAGCUCCUGUCUCUACACACAACCCAUUCUCACGAGUUUCUUGGUCUCGAGUUUGGGAUCAGACUUUGGAACGAGACGAGUCUAUCUUCCGACGUUAUCAUCGGCCUUGUGGACACAGGGAUCUCGCCGGAGCACGUGAGCUUCCGAGACACGCACAUGCCUCCAGUCCCGUCUAGAUGGAGAGGUUCGUGCGAUGAAGGCACAAACUUCUCUUCUUCGUCGUGUAACAAGAAGAUCAUUGGAGCUGGCGCGUAUUACAAAGGCUACGAAUCCAUCGUUGGAAAAAUCAACGAAACCACUGACUUCAGGUCGGCACGAGAUGCACAAGGACACGGGACGCAUACGGCAUCUACAGCUGCGGGAGACAUUGUCCGGAAAGCGAGUUAUUUCGGGGUAGCAAAAGGCCGUUUCGCUUCAGGAAUGAGGUUUAGUUCGAGGAUCGCUGCUUACAAAGCUUGUUGGGCGUUAGGUUGCGCCAGCACCGACGUAUUGGCAGCCAUUGACCGAGCCAUCUUAGACGGUGUCGAUGUGAUCUCUCUCUCGCUAGGUGGUUCUUCACGUCCGUUCUACGUCGACCCUAUCGCCAUCGCUGCGUUUGGAGCGAUGCAGAAGAACGUUUUCGUAUCUUGCUCUGCUGGUAACUCGGGUCCAGCUAAAUCCACAGUGAGUAACGGAGCCCCUUGGUUGAUGACUGUUGCCGCUAGUUAUACUGACAGAACGUUUCCGGCGAUUGUCCGUAUCGGGACCGGUAAAAAGAUAGUUGGAUCGUCCUUGUACAAAGGGAGAGGCUUUGAGAAUCUGUCUUUAGCGUUUAACACAACGGCCGGAGGAGGAAGCGGGGCCGAGUUCUGUAUUAGGAACUCGCUCAGGAGAGAACUUGUCGAGGGUAAAAUCGUCAUUUGCUUGAGAGGAGCCGGCGGCAGAACGACCAAGGGAGAAGAGGUGAAACAGAACGGCGGCGUAGCGAUGCUUCUGGUGAGCAGAGUGACGGAAGGAGAGGAGCUCCUAGCUGAUCCUCACGUUUUACCGGCGGUCUCUAUCGGAUAUUCUGACGGAGUAGUCUUGCUGAAGUACAUCGCCGGCGGAGGUGGUACGGCAAACGCCACCGUCGCAUCAAUUGGAUUCAGAGGAACAGAGUACGGUGCGAGAGCUCCGAUCGUCGCGGCGUUCUCAUCCAGGGGACCUAGUGUCGCCGGGCCGGAAAUAGUUAAACCGGACAUUUCAGCGCCCGGUUUGAACAUCCUAGCCGGUUGGUCGCCGUUCUCGAGCCCUAGCCUCCUAAGAUCAGACCAGAGGCGCGUCCAGUUCAACAUCAUCUCUGGAACCUCCAUGGCUUGUCCACACGUCAGCGGAAUCGCCGCUCUAAUCAAAUCUGUUCACGGCGACUGGUCACCGGCGAUGAUUAAAUCGGCGCUCUUGACGACGGCGAGUACAACGGACAACAGGAAUCAACCGAUCGGAGAUAUGGGCGCGGGACCCAAUUCGGCGGCAACAGCUUUUGAUUUUGGAGCUGGACACGUGGAUCCAACCAGAGCGGUAGAUCCAGGACUGGUAUACGACCUCUCAACCGUCGACUAUCUGAACUACUUGUGCAGCUUAGAUUACACGAGCGAGAGGAUACUCUUGUUCUCCGGCACCAACUACACGUGUCCUGCUAGUCCUGGUGAUUUGAACUAUCCGUCCUUCGCCGUUAACUUGGCCAAUGGCGCGAAGUUGAAAACGGUGAGAUCAUAUAGGAGGACCGUGACGAACGUUGGGUCGCCGGCGUGUGAGUAUAUGGCUCACGUUGAGGAACCAAAAGGUGUGGAGGUGAGGGUGGAGCCCAAGGUUCUAAAGUUCCAAAAGGUUCGUGAGAGGCUGAGUUAUACGGUGACGUUCGCUGCAGAAGCAUCAAGAAACUCAUCUUCUUCAUUUGGAGCUUUGGUUUGGAUAUCUGACAAGCACAAGGUCAGAAGCCCACUUGCGGUGACGUGGGAGUGAUAUUCUCUGCCUAUAUUUAUUAGCCAAAGAAAUCAAUUAUCUGAUUUUUUCAAUAUUUGAUGAACAAAAGCUUGCCGUAACUUGUAAGAUUUUGAGAAUAACAAUCUAUUUGUUGCUAAAAAAAAAGAAGAGAAUAACAAUCUAUUAUGUUUAAUU